CUUACUAAUUUCUUGUUUUAUGUUCUUGUUGCUACUGUGAACGGUAUCUUUCCUUUUCCCCCCAUUCAAAAGUGAACCCAUAGGGCGUUAGGACUUCUACCACUCCUUUUGGCUGUGAGACUCUAUGGUGUCUUGGUUCUACGACAACAUUCUAUUACCGCUUACAUUUUCCGAACCUGAAGGAAGGCGGCAACAGCGAGUACCCGCGCAAAGGUCCCCUCUAUCUGGCCUUUGUUCUCCUCUCGGUGCUACUGCGCAUGCGUAGUUGCUUCAGCACUGUCCCCCGCCUUCCCCACCGCGGGCCCAGCUCCGUAGCGCCGGCGCACUGGCGCGCUCCGUUCACACGCUCCGCGGCCUGUAGGCACCGCGAGUUCCGGCUGUCGCCGUCACCGCCGCGGCUCCUGGAGGUCGGUUGCAACGAGUAACGGCGCCGGGACGAGCCCCGCGCCUUCAUUUCUGAUAUGUACCCGAAUUGGGGCCGGUAUGGCGGGAGCAGCCACUAUCCGCCGCCACCGGUCCCGCCGCCGCCGCCACCGGUGGCGCUUCCCGAGGCCUCGCCGGGGCCCGGGUACUCCAGUUCGACGGCUCCCGCGGCCCCUUCUUCUUCGGGCUUCAUGAGCUUCCGAGAGCAACACUUGGCGCAGCUCCAGCAGCUGCAGCAGAUGCACCAGAAGCAAAUGCAGUGCGUGCUCCAGCCCCACCAUCUUCCUCCGCCCCCGCUGCCGCCCCCGCCGGUGAUGCCCGGGGGCGGCUACGGAGACUGGCAGCCGCCACCGCCACCGAUGCCCCCGCCACCUGGGCCAGCCCUCAGCUAUCAGAAGCAGCAGCAGUACAAACACCAGAUGAUCCACCACCAACGAGAUGGGCCUCCCGGUUUGGUUCCAAUGGAGCUGGAGUCCCCUCCUGAAUCUCCCCCUGUACCUCCAGGAUCCUAUAUGCCCCCAUCUCAGUCGUACAUGCCUCCACCUCAGCCACCACCCUCGUACUAUCCCCCUUCUUCCGCUCAGCCCUACCUGCCCCCUGCUCAGCCGUCCCCUUCACAGUCUCCACCUUCCCAGUCCUAUCUGGCGCCUACUCCUUCUUAUUCUUCCUCUUCCUCCUCGCAAUCAUAUUUGAGCCAUUCCCAGCCCUACUUACCCCCUUCUCAGGCAUCUCCUUCCCGCUCCUCCCAGGGCCCUUCCAAACCCCAGCUACCACCACCACCACCGUCCAUCCCUUCUGGGAAUAAAACAACUAUCCAGCAAGAGCCUUUGGAGACUGGGGCCAAGAACAAGAAUGCUGAACAGAAACAAGCUGCUCCUGAACCAGAUCCCUCUACAAUGACUCCACAGGAGCAACAACAAUAUUGGUAUCGACAGCAUCUGCUUAGCUUGCAGCAGAGGACAAAAGUGCAUUUGCCAGGACAUAAAAAGGGUCUUGUCACGGCAAAGGAUGUACCAGAACCCAUAAAAGAAGAAGCUCCAGUGCCAGCUACCAGUCAGAUAGCAGAGCCUCUUGCAGCGGAAGAGCCCCCAUUACCACCUCCAAAUGAAGAGAUGCCACCUCCACUCCCGCCUGAGGAGCCCCAGUCAGAAGACCCAGAAGAAGAUGCCAGAUUAAAACAGUUGCAGGCUGCAGCGGCACAUUGGCAACAGCACCAGCAGCAUCGAGUCGGCUUCCAGUAUCAAGGAAUAAUGCAGAGGCACACUCAGCUACAGCAGAUCCUACAGCAGUACCAGCAAGUCAUCCAGCACUCGCCACAUAUACAGACCAUGUCUCUCGAUGUGCAGCUGCGACACUAUGAGAUGCAGCAGCAACAGUUUCAACGUCUCUAUCAGGAGUGGGAGCGAGAGUUCCAGCUGUGGGAGGAGCAGCUCCAUUCCUACCCCCAUAAAGAUCAGCUUGAGGAGUAUGAGAAGCAGUGGAAAUCAUGGCAAGGACAUAUGCGAGCCACUCAGACCUAUCUCCAGGAGAAAGUCACCUCAUUUCAGGCUGUGAAGAACCAGUACAUGGGAAACAUGGCAAUGCCACCUCCAUUUGUCCCAUAUUCGCAGAUGCCGCCACCUCUGCCAACAAUGCCCCCUCCAGUAUUACCUCCAUCAUUGCCACCACCAGUGAUGCCCCCCGCCCUGCCUUCCACCAUACCACCACCUGGCAUGCCUCCACCUGUGAUGCCACCUUCUCUACCAACCUCUGUUCCCCCACCAGGAAUGCCUCCAUCACUUUCUUCAGCAGUUCUCCCCCCGCCCUCCCUCUCUUCAGCAGGACCACCACCAGUCCUUCCCCCUCCAUCUCUCUCUGGGGCACCACCUGUCCUGCCCCUCCCACCGUUAUCUUCAGCCACACCUCCCCCUGGAAUACCUCCCCCUGGAGUCCCACAAGGGAUGCCGCCUCAGUUAACAGCCCCGGUUCCACCAGCCUCCAGUUCUCAGAACUCACAGGUCCCAGAGAAACCUAGACAAGCACUGCUUCCCACACCUGUGUCUUUUGGUUCAACCCCACCUUCACCAUAUCACCCUCCACCUCAGUCAGAACAAGGGAAUUCCAAACCUCUGAACAAGGUGUUCUCAUCUGAGCAAGGACUGGGCGAGUCUUCUUCUGCUCUAUCUCAAUCCGUCAUUGCAGCUAAGGACACGCCAGUGAAGUCAGGUGGACUGCUUGCAGACCCUCCUAAAGGCAGUUUCUUAGAAGGUCCGAGAGGUCCAAGAUUUGAUGGUCCUCGAAGAUUUGAGGAUUUAGGGUCAAGGUGUGAAGGACCGAGACCCAAAGGGCCUCGUUUUGAAGGAAAUCGCCCCGAUGGGCCAAGACCCAGAUAUGAAAGUCACCCAGCAGAGGGCACUAAAAGCAAAUGGGGAACGAUCCCCCGGGGCCCAGCAUCUCAAUUUUAUAUAACUCCUAAUACAUCCCUGAGUCCUCGACAGAGUGGACCACAGUGGAAAGGCCACAAAGCAACUGUCGGACAGCAGCAUCAGCAGCAGCCUAAGCAGCAACCUAAGUCACAAGCAGAACCUCUUUCAGGAAACAAAGAGCCAUUAGCAGACACAAGUAGUAACCAGCAGAAGAAUUUAAAAAUUCAGUCAGCCGCGUUUUCCAUUUCUGCAGAUGUCAAGGAUACCAAGGCGGCUCAGUCAAAUGAGAAUCUAAGCAACUCUCAACAAGAGCCACCUAAAAGCCAAGUCUCGGAAGCACCCAUAGAGCCCUCUAAUUGGAACCAGAAUUCUCAAAGUAUGGAGACUGAAAUGGACAAAGCCCAAGGUGUUACUCAGCCUGUAUCCCUUGCAAAUAAACCUGUACCUUCUCAAUCUCCUUUCCCCUCAAAAGUAGGGAGCAUGGAGGGAGGAGCUGCAGUAGCAGCAGCAGCAUUGUCUGCAGAUGAUUUCAAACCUUUGGGUGUUGGUUUGUCCCACUCAGAAAACCACCAAGAAAAAGCUCUUCCUCAGCCAGACAGCAGAGAAAAUAGAUUAGAAGGCAAUAAAGGCAGCAGCUCAUCCUACAGAGGUCCUGGGCAAAAUAGAGUGGAAGAUUCACGGGAUAAAGGACUAGUAAACAGAGGUCGUGGCCAGACAAUUAAUCGAGGUCCAGGUCUGAUCAAGCAAGAAGAUUUCCACGAUAAAAUGCUGGGUAGAAGAGAAGACAGUCGUGAGAAAAUAAACAAAGGAGAAGGCAGCCGGGACAGGGUGUUUGUGAGACCGGGAAGCAGUCGGGAUAAAAUACCAGGUGGCCUACAAGACAGUCAGGACAGUAGAGCCAACAGUAGAGAAAGAGGGCCACCUCGCAGGGCUGGCAGUCAGGAGAGAGGACCUCCUCGAAGGGCUGGAAGUAGAGAGAGAGUACCCCCUCAAAGAGCUGGGAGCAGGGAGAGGGGACCACCUCGAGGGCCAGGUAGUCGAGAAAGGGGAUUAGGAAGGCCAGAUUUUGGUCAUGAUAGAGUUCCAUUCAGACCAGAACCAGGAGAUGGUGGAGACAAAAUGUAUCCUUACCACCGAGAUGAACCUUCUAGGGCUUCGUGGAACCAUGGAGAAGAGAGAGGACACGAAGAGUUCCCAUUAGAUGGUAGAAAUGUACCAAUUGAGCGAGAGAGACUCGAUGACUGGGAUAGAAAAAGAUACUGGAGAGAGUGUGAACGUGACUAUCAAGAUGAUACACUAGAUUCAUACGGCAGAGAGGACAGGUUCUCAGCACCACCAUCUCGGCCUCAUGAUGGAGACAGGCGAGGCCCUUGGUGGGAUGAUUGGGAAAGAGAUCAAGAUAUGGAUGAGGGUUAUGGUAGGGAAGUGGACAGGGACUUAGACAGAGAUGUGGAUCGGAUUAGAAGACCUGUGGAUAUAUAUGAUAGAAAUGUGGAUAACGAAUGGGACAGAGAUUAUGGGAGGCCACUGGAUGAACAGGAAUCACAGUUUCGUGAACGGGAUAUCCCAUCUCUUCCACCUUUACCACCUCUCCCACCUUUGGAUAGAUAUCGGGAUGAUAGAUGGAGAGAAGAAAGAAAUCGAGAACAUGGGUAUGACCGAGAUUUCCGUGAUAGGGGUGAGUUGAGGAUUCGAGAGUACCCAGAAAGAGGAGAUACAUGGCGGGAAAAGCGAGAUUAUGUUCCUGACAGAAUGGACUGGGAAAGAGAGCGGUUGUCAGACAGAUGGUACCCCUCUGAUGCGGAAAGACACUCCCCCAUGGCGGAACAUAUGCCAUCCUCACAUCAUUCCUCUGAAAUGAUGGGGUCCGAUGCAAACUUAGACUCUGACCAAGGCCUUGGAGGGGUAAUGGUUCUCAGUCAGAGGCAGCACGAAAUCAUUUUGAAAGCUGCACAAGAAUUGAAAAUGCUUCGAGAACAGAAAGAGCAGCUUCAAAAGUUGAAAGACUUUGGGUCUGAGCCACAGACGGCUGACCAUCUACCACCCCCGGACUCAAGACUACAGAAUACGUCAAGGCCUGGGAUGUACCCGGUAUGGGAUGUGUGCUCAGGAAAUGAACCUCCAGGAUCCUAUAGACCACCCCCUCCUAUGGGUAAGCCACCUGGGUCAAUUGUGAGACCCUCUGCUCCACCAGCAAGAUCAUGUGUUCCUAUGACUAGGCCUCCUGUGCCAAUACCACCACCGCCUCCUCCACCUCCACCACCACCACCUCCUCCUCCGGUUAUAAAGCCAAAAACUUCAUCUGUGAAACAGGAACGCUGGGACGAAGAUUCUUUCUUUGGGCUCUGGGAUACAAAUGAUGAUCAAGGACUGAAUUCAGAAUUUAAGCGAGACACUGCAGCAAUUCCAUCUGCUCCGGUAUUACCACCCCCACCUGUUCAUCCUUCCAUUCCCCCUCCUGGCCCAAUGCCUAUGGGUAUGCCACCAAUGUCCAAACCACCACCAGUGCAGCAUACAGUUGACUAUGGCCAUGGCCGAGAUAUGCCUACUAAUAAAGUUGAACAGAUCCCGUAUGGAGAAAGAAUAACUCUACGCCCAGAUCCAUUACCUGAAAGGUCAGCUUUCGAUGCAGAUCAUGCAGGCCAGCGUGACCGCUAUGAUAGAGAUAGAGACCGUGAACCUUAUUUUGACCGUCAAAGUAAUAUGACAGAUCAUCGAGAUUUUAAAAGGGACCGAGAGACACACAGAGAUCGGGAUCGUGUUCUUGACUAUGAGCGGGAUCGAUUUGACAGAGAGCGUAGACCCCGAGAUGACAGGAAUCAAUCAUACCGUGACAAAAAAGACCAUUCUUCAUCCAGAAGAGGAGGAUUUGAUAGGCCAUCCUAUGACAGGAAGUCUGAUAGACCGCCCUAUGAAGGCCCACCCAUGUUUGGAGGAGAACGAAGAACUUACCCGGAGGAGCGGAUGCCUCUGCCAGCUCCUUCCCUGGGCCACCAGCCACCUCCAGUUCCACGGGUUGAGAAGAAGCCUGAGUCCAAGAAUGUGGACGACAUUCUGAAACCACCAGGCCGGGAGAGCCGGCCUGAAAGAAUUGUUGUUAUAAUGAGAGGAUUGCCUGGCAGUGGAAAGACACAUGUUGCAAAACUUAUCCGGGAUAAGGAAGUAGAAUUCGGAGGACCUGCACCCAGGGUUUUAAGUCUAGAUGAUUAUUUCAUUGCUGAAGUAGAAAAAGAAGAAAAAGAUCCAGAUUCUGGAAAGAAAGUGAAAAAGAAGGUAAUGGAGUAUGAAUAUGAAGCUGACAUGGAGGAGACUUACCGCACCAGCAUGUUCAAAACUUUCAAAAAGACGCUAGAUGAUGGCUUUUUCCCUUUCAUUAUUCUGGAUGCUAUCAAUGACAGAGUUAGACAUUUUGACCAGUUUUGGAGCGCAGCAAAAACCAAGGGUUUUGAGGUGUAUUUGGCUGAAAUGAGUGCCGAUAACCAGACUUGUGGCAAGAGAAAUAUUCAUGGAAGAAAGCUUAAAGAAAUAAACAAGAUGGCGGAACAUUGGGAAGCUGCACCCCGUCACAUGAUGCGUCUGGACAUCCGUUCCCUGCUACAAGAUGCUGCAAUUGAAGAAGUAGAGAUGGAAGAUUUUGAUGCAAACAUUGAAGACCAGAAGGAAGAAAAGAAAGAUGCAGAAGAAGAGGAAAGCGAACUGGGUUACAUUCCGAAAAGCAAAUGGGAGAUGGACACUUCUGAGGCAAAGCUAGACAAGUUGGAUGGCUUGAGGACUGGUACUAAAAGGAAACGAGACUGGGAGGCAAUCGCCAGCAGAAUGGAGGACUACCUUCAGCUCCCUGAUGACUACGAAACUCGCGCUUCUGAACCUGGGAAGAAGAGGGUGAGAUGGGCAGACCUGGAAGAAAAGAAGGACGCAGACAGGAAAAGGGCCAUAGGUUUUGUGGUCGGGCAGACUGACUGGGAGAAGAUCACAGAUGAGAGCGGCCACCUGGCUGAGAGAGCCCUCAACCGGACCAAAUACAUAUGAGCCUUGGUUUGAAUGGAGUCACUCCUCUAAGCUGAUUCGAUUUGAGGUGACCUGAAGCCAAGACCUCCUGAAGCUUCUUUGUCAGGAAGCUUCUUGUGUCUCCACGUUUCAAUCUUGUUUUACCACUUUCAUUUUUAAAAGUUCUCCAGUGUCCCCAAGAAAAUUUAGAAUCUUGCUCUACCCAAGCAAGACACUGUUAAUAUUUUUUUUAACUGAUCUGGGGAGGGAGGGUCAGCUUAAGUGCUGAAGUCAGGUGUGGAUCCACAGGACUCCCAACAAGAUUCCCUCCUCUGCACCUGUCACAGACUAUCAUCAUUGCUUGGUGGCCGUUUUGUUUUUUACUGUAUGUAACUAGUAGCUGAUUGUACUUGGAUUAAAAACAAUAAACUUUCACUAUAAAGCCAAUGAGAUUCAUAGGCUGUACA